UUUUAAAAAGUUUAGAUUAAAUUUUCAGGUACAACAGAUGAAGAAUGAGGGACGUUUGGGCCAUGAGUCUCGUAGCACCAGUCAAAGUGUCACUUCUCUUGACAGAGAAGAUCGUGAUACCAACCAAACACAACAGGAUGAUAAGUCCCCACUGCAUGAAGAAGCACCAUCUGAAGCCUCUAUAAAGCUGCCAACACCUGCCCAGUCACCACAACCACAGUCUCCCCUACCAUCAUUGUCCCAGCAUCCACCACCCCAACCUUCACCACCUCUGCCAGUAUCUAAGUCUCAGCCUUGUGAUAGGCUUCUUACACCUGAGCCCAAACAAGAUUUUACCACCAACCUCAGGAGUGACACCCCUGACACCGAUGAUGACGUGGGUUGUGACAUUCCUCUUCCCCCGCACCUCUCUGCUCCUGUUAUAUCAGACACACCUAAGGAUAAAUCUGCACCCGAAAUUGUAAUGGAUGUGGUCAGAGCAGCAGAACAACUGACGUCUCACCCACCUUCCCAGAAUUCUGCUAUACUUCCUUCUUCACCGCUUGACCGAAAGACCUCAGCAGAAACUAAAACUACCAAAGUUGUUUUGAGCAAGCAUACCUUAGCUCCACAGACUAGUACACCCAUCGCCUCAGGCCGUGCCAGUACCAAUGGUGGUGAUCUGAGCCUCUCGGCAUCACCUGUUCCCCCUUUCUCCUCACCUCACAUCCCCACACCCCUCCCUACCAACGUUCAUGAAGGCUCAACAGAGGAUUUGGUGGAAUCACGGGCAUUUGGUUUGGGUCUCACUAACGAAAAAAUCAGUCGGGUCAAGCAGACUGAAGAAACCCUAAAAGACAGUCCUAAAAAGAUGACAUUAAAAGACAGAAUGAAGUUCUUUGAAGAAGAAAUGAAAAAGGACAAGGCUGGGCCUCCCAAAGAAAACAGGAAGUUCUCUUUCCUGAGCCAGGAUGAAGUCGCCAAGAUGAAGGAAGAUGAAGAUCGACGAGUAGCAAACAUGACACCAGAACAACUGGCCAACCUCUCCCGUUUAGAAGAUGUGGAGGAAAUGGCAGAUGAUUUGGCACAGCAGUUUGGUGUGAACAGUGACUUUGACCACCGCAAAUAUAAUGACCAUGACAUUAUGGAGGGAUUGGUGGACAACAGUGAUAAAGAAAACACAAUAAGAUCAAAUAAUGAAAGUGGCAUAGUUCGAACAGCAAAGGCAGAAAGAAGAGCACAGUCUAGGGAAGGUCAAGUUAAUGAGGAGGAUCAACUUUCUCCUGCAGACAGGCGGAGAGCAGAAGCUGAGAAGAGAGCUGCCUGGAGGCAAGCAAGACUUAAAAGUCUUGAGAAUGAUGCAUUACAGGCCCAAUAUGUCAUUGAGAAGUACAGUGAAUUAUCUGACACAGCAAACGAUAACACUAAAAAUGACAACUCAAUUAAUAACUACAACAUCGUGGACGAAGAGAAUAACAUGCCCAAUCAGAACCGCAAGUGGUCCAAAUUGAUUAUUGUCACCGAGCCAAGUGAGAAGAUUGUUGCCGAGCGGGACCGUGUCCUGUCUGAGAAAGUGAAGCGCACAACCACACCUGUUUUGGACCCUGAUACGGGAAAUGUGACCAUGCAGACCACGGAGACUAUUGAACGCAUCAUUGAGCGUGAGGUGGAGACAUGCCGGGAGACCUUAAUGACACUCUCUCUGACUGAUGCUGAGAAUGCUAAUUUGAAUUCAAAAGAGAUGAUCACCAGUAUCACAACUGGACCUAGUAUAGAGAUUAAGGAAGAAGAGGAAAGUGGAACAAUAAAUAUGGACCAGUUCAUAAGUGGAGAAAAAGUGGAUGAUAGCAGAGGGAAUGUUAAAGAGCAUGAAUCCAUUGAUUGUAAUGUAGACACUGUUGAAAACUUGACAGAUGACCAGCCACAUGAUGGUGGCAUUGCCAUAUCUACAGACAACUCAGAUCAUGAAGUUUGCACUCCUCUACCUCAGACACCAACCUCUCCAGAUGAAAAUGCCAAUAGCAGAUGUUGAAUUCAGAGAUAUACUUGACUAGAGCCACAGAUUUUUAUAUACUUUGUAAAUGUUGAGUGAAUCAUGUGAUUGGUUGUUUCAGAACUAGCAAGACGUAACAAAGCUUUGGAGAUAUAUGGGUCAACUUCCAGCAGGGGUAUGUGUGCAGUCAUGGUAGAUAUAGUUGAGACUUGACUAGAGAAUUAAACUUGAGGGAAAAUACAUAUCAAAGCAUAUUUCUUUAAGAGCAUCAUAAUAAUGAACCUCAAUGAUAUGGUUCCUGACUGUCAGUAUUUUGCUGAUAGAAUUGCAUUGAUGAUGAAAUUACCCAGUCUAAUCUGAUGGUCAAGAGUAUGAAGUAUUUAUUAUUACUGUUAUCAUUAUUUAAAUUGCCAUGUGAUUCAAAAUGAAGUUUAACUAUAGCUUUAACCAUUAUGACCAAGCAUUUACCUUAUUGUUAUUGCAAACGUUCUUAUUUCUUUUAAAUAUAUUGGCCUUAAAUCAGUUACCAUGUGAUGCUGCUUGGAAAAUGUGUGUGCUAACAUUUCAGCAGAUGGAGUGUAGAUGCAUUUAUAAAUGGUAAUGAUUGAACAGGCAUAAUUGUUAAUACCAUCUAUUUUUAAACAUUAAAAGUUUGCAAAGCUUUAGCCUGUAGCUCUAAAGCAUUGUCAAGCACUUUUUAUUGUUCAGUGAAUGUAAAUGCAAGCUACAAAAUGUGUUCCCAUAUUGUGGAUAUACAAUCUAUAGUUUAUAUUCUAACUGUCCAAAUUCGUACAUAUGAAGAUGUAAAUAUUUCAUGAAAUAUAGUUAUAAUGAUGUAGUGUUAAGACUUCUUAAAUAUGUUUUGUAAGGAUUUUAUAUUGAUCAUUAUCAUGUGAACAUCCAAAGUUGUGUAGUUUGUAUGUGAAAUUGUGAGUGAGCAAAUUUUUAUCAGUUAAAUAACUAUGGAUAUUUUUUUAAUUUUAAGUAGUUUAAUUCUUUUUUUUUCACUGACUUCCUGUAAAGAAAGUAUCUACUGAAUCCUAUAGAUUUUUUCUCUCAAUUUUGGACAUCAUGGUAGCAGUGCUUUAGGUUAACUAGACAACAAAACAUAGUUUGUCAAGAUUUGGAUCAUUGAUAAUUCCAGAGUUGACCAAUAUCUCCUCUGUAAUUAUGCAAAGUUUCCCACCUGUGCAGCUUACCUGGAACUGUGAGUGAGCAAUGUUCAUACAUAUGAUCAUAACCUUUUUGUAAAUAAAGUGUUAUGCAAA